UCGUCAAGAAACAACAAGCAAAUACACAGGAUGUGGAACAACAGCUGCUGCUUUAUUUCUUCCCUGGUGAGGAAUACUGGUUGGUUUUUCUACUUGAUAAUUUUGGAGUUCAAAUAAACACCAGUAAGCUGAGAUUGGAAAUUUCUAACAAGAAAGCUUUAAUUUUUCUCUGCUGUCUGUAGAGAAAUGCGUGCAUUCACGCUGGUGCUGUUUAUGCAGGGGAGAUCGAGCCAUGGCUGGUUUGCUCUUAACACAAACACUCGGCCACGGAGCCUCCUUUGCCAGUCGGUGCCCACCCCAUGCACUCCAAUGCACUGCCCUAAAUGAGAGGUUUUAUUUCUCCCCUCAGCCUAAGGUCCACAGGGACACCUUGUAGGUUUCCCUUUUUAGACUUUCCUUUUUUUUCUAUUUGUUUUUGUGUGGAAAAUCCCAGUAAAAGGUAAUGAUAAAUGUCCUGCCAUUCCCAUGACCAUGGAAAAUAAGUGUGCCGAGGCCUAUCUUACACAGUAGCCUUGCAUGAUGUUUAGCUGAUGUCUGAGAGAAGAGUUUGUGUUUAGGCUGAUAACCUGACUUUGUUUUAAUGUCUAAUUUUUUUUAGCAUAUCAGGUGUGUGGUUCAUAAGUGCUUUCUGGAUUUUAGUGGUAUGAUCUAAUUUCUGCAAGCUAAUUUUGGACUGCUCUACAUCAUGUUACAAAUACACAAAAGCCUGUUAGUUUCCAGCUCAGCUGGGAAGCAGGAAAGGAACAGCUCCUCUAUUGCUAAAUGAAAAUGCAGAAAUGCAAGCAGCGAAAAUGUGCAGUAAUUUGUCAAACCUCGAGGACCUCACUUGGCUCAUGAGAGUUUGUAGAUAAUGGACCAGUGGGGAAGAUACACUGUUCUUAAUACUGAAAUACUCUGGUUUCUGUGUUUAGUACAGAGGGAAGGUGGUGGCACGUGCAGAUGUGUGCUCAGGUGACUGCCCUGUCACCUUCUGUGACAGGGCCCUUUUCUGUAGCAAGAGUCAUUUGGAUCAGUAGGGAAGGGGAAAAUAGAGGCUCUAAAAGGCAAAAUGAUCUCUCAGCAGAAAAAUCUGAAAUUUAAGACAAAACUACUUGUGCCAUAUUUUCAGAGCAUAAAGAACUGAUAUUGGUGGUGUUUGCAUUCAUUACGUGAUGGGAAACCAUGAAGUAUUCAUCAUCGUAUCAGCUCCAAAAUACUAAUGAAAUUUCUUCUGUGACAAUCAGCUGGAGUAUUCCCCUUUUUAUACACCCCAUCCUUUCCCCAGUCUUUGUUGCUGCCAAUGUGAUUUGAAACAAACCUGGGUUUUCUGUGCUGUGAACUGUCGUGAGCCCCCGAGGUGGGCAGGGACGGAGUGGCAGAGGCUGGUGGGAGGAGGUGAUGUCCGAGCAGUUGAGAUCUGAGGAGGAUGCUGGCCCUGCCUGCCAAAGGUGACUCUCCUGGAACACUUGGAGACUUUGACAGCUGUUCUGAGACCACCCACGGCUCCCAGGCCAGCUCUGUAAGUAUUCCACCCAGGAACAAGGAUGCCAUGGAGCUGCUCUGGCUCUGUGUCAGAGCAUUUUAGCCUCGGAAGAUUGAGGCCCUUGUUCUUUGCUGUCCCCACCCUGCAAUGCUCUUGCCACCCUGCAUAGUGAGGGAGAGCAGAGCCCUCGAAUGGGCUGCUUGGUCUCGGGGUGAGCUGCCCCAAUGGCUCCUGUGUUAUUUCCUGUGCCUCGGGAUGGCCAGCCCGAGGGAAGGCAUUCCAGGAGUGUCCUGGUGGCCUCUGGGAAGGGCUCACCAACAACUGCUCAUGUGUGCAGUGGCCUGGCAGGGUCCUGACAGCUCUGCUUGGCUGCCUAUGGGGUUUUAGGCACAAGUUUGGGAGGGUGGAGCUGCCUUUAGGAGGAGGUGCGCUCUCGCCAGAGUGAGGGAGGCUCUGCUGGGCUUUGCACUCUCUCUACACACUUGCUCUUGUGAAGGACUUUUUUUUUUUUUUUUUUUACUUGACAAAAUUUUUGUUACACCAGUGAAAUUUCUGAGUUGUUUUGUGCUUUGAAGAGUUUUAAGGAUUCCUGCCGAUGCUUUUCCUGAGGGAAGCCAUGCCCUACCACAGAGUCCUUCGCCUGGUCCUGCUAACGCUGUGCAGCAUCCUGGUCCCUGCUGUGCUGGCAGAGUACCCGCAGGGCCCGGUCCCCACCCUCUGGAACGAGCCGCCCGAGCUGCCCUCCGGAGCCGGCCCCUUCGACGCUGCCGCCACCACCGCCCGGCUGUCGGACGCCACGACCUUCCCCCCGUACACCUCCGAGCUGGAGCCCGAGGACACCACCCACCUGCACCGCCUGGACGCCGGGGACGGUGAGCGGCUGCGAGAGGGACUGCCCGCGGCUCGCUCCCGCGGCAGCCGGGGAUGUCCUCGCGGUGGAUUUGCUCCCUGUGGGCUUGUCACCUCCCGGGAGGGGUUAAAGCCACACUGCUGGGGAGGGGGAGGGUUGCCUGUACUGCCUGCUCGUGGAAAUUUCUCUGCUGAGAAGCCUCUGCUUGCGGAGCUUUUGCUAGCCCCAAGAUGGCUCCAAGACCCUUCUUCCUGCCCCAUGACCUGCCACGGCAGGCACCUGCCCUGAAAAGAAAACCCUGAGUGCAGGUACGGCUCUCCAGGAUAGAGCGGGCCUGGAGCUUCCUGAACAGGGACCAUGAGUGUCUUUCCUGGCUCGUGGCUCCUGACUGACACCAAGUACCAGCUGGGAUGUGAUCCUGCCAGAAGCAAAGCAACUCUCCCAGUGUGGGUGUUAGCAGGAAAGCUGGGCACCACUGACCCCCUUUGUGGCAGCUGUCAUUGUCCCUGGGAUCUAGCUGAGGUGGUGGUGGCUGGCUACAGCCCCCUGCCCAAAGGUGCACCCGACCACACCUGGGCUGCAUGAGGACAUGGGACAUGGCUGGUACAGGGAGCUCUGGGACAGGAGUGUGGCCUGAUGCCUGGGGACAUGCUGGGUGUGGGGUGAUCCUUGCAGCCCUUCCCAUCUGGGCCCCACUGCCUCUGCUGACCUCACGCCUUGUUCUCUGUCCCAGCAGGCUCGCUGGGGCCCGGAGCUAUUGGUGCCAUUGUCAUUGCCUCCCUCCUGGGUACAUCUGUGCUUGUGGCCUUGGUCGUCAUCACACUGAGAAAGUUCUCUGCCUCCUGAACUCAAUAAAAGAUUUUUCUGUUACACAACCA